CAUUUUUAUCAUUAUACAAUCUUAUCGUCUUGCGGAUUGAACAAUGUUUCCAUCCCACCAAAAAAGGGAAAAUGAAAAUAAUAGAAUUAAAUAUAUGAUAAUGAAUUCCCCAACUGACAAAAUUCAUAUAGGGAUGGCAGAAGAAGCUCUCUCAGCAACAGCUGGCUAGCUUCCCCUGGGAUCCUAAACCGGAUCCUCCAGCAUCUGCUGCCCCUGCCGCUGCAUCGCAGCCCGCACCAGUACCCGAGCCUACUCCCCAGGCUCCUACCAAUGGCGCCUCGUACAACCAACAACAUGUCUCUCAAGCACAAGGUCUCACCAUGCCUAUGGCUGGAGUUCAGCAAUCUAACGAUCCCGUGAUCAAGCCUGAACCCUCUGUUAAGACCGAGCCCGGUCUUGAGAAUUCUCCCAUGAUGUCGCAAGCCCCUCAGCAGGGCGGUGCUGCAGCCGUACAGGAGCGCGUAUCCCAGCAGCUGCAGAAUAUGUAUGGUGAUCGCGCUGCAGCAUCCAUCAAAAGGCUACAAGAGCAGUCAAUGAAUGGUAACCAACCCCAAGGUCAACAAAGACCUGGCAACCAACCCAUUCCGCUCCCCGGACAGUGGCAAGGUCACCCCCAGCAGCAACAACAGCAGCAGUAUCGACCAACAAUGCCCCCCAACGCUCAGCAGCAGCAACAGCGCGCCCAGAUUCCUAACGGCCAGCGACCCCCGCAGUCCCAAUUGGACGGUGCGGGUGAUGUUGACGAUCAUGUGGGAGUACUUAUGCGCCGUGACCCAACUGGGGAUAUAGAAAUGGGACGAGUCGAGAUCGACAACCUUCUCCAUGCUCAAAUCGCCGCCAAUGCUAAGGCUAUGGAAGGCGGCGGGUUGAUGCUGCCGGUGAAGCGUGAGAGCAAGGAUACGAAAGCCACUAUACCCCACCGCGCAUCCACCUCUGGCGGUCCUUCCCAAUUCGACGGUCCGGAUGAUAGCGUCAAGGAUGAGGAUGAUGAUGAGGAUGCUAUUAACUCGGAUCUUGACGAUCCCGACGAUAACCUCGAAGAGGAUGAUGAAGACGAGGAUGGUGGCCAAAUCAUGCUCUGCAUGUAUGACAAGGUUCAGCGCGUCAAGAACAAGUGGAAGUGUGUCCUGAAGGAUGGCGUUCUUAGUGUGAACGGCAAGGACUACGUCUUCCACAAGGCUACCGGCGAAUAUGAAUGGUAGUUUUGGGACGCAUCUCCUUUUGUUUCGACUUUACACAAGAAAUACCUUGAUUUCGUACGUUACGGCGCAUAUCCCCUCAGACAUCAAUCGCCAUGAGACUCCUGUUUUCUGCGUUGCGAUAUUACGGCCACUAUUUGCAAACAUAUGAUCAAGGCUUACGGGUAAAGGGUGGGGAGAGAAAAGCUUGAUUCGGUACCAAGCGAGUUCCAUAACGCCUUGGUGGUGCCUACCAAGGACAGAAUUUCUAUUGGAACAGGCAUGGCAUGUUGAUAAAUAUUUGCGUUGAUUUUUGCGUUUUCCUCGCCCUGAUUUUGCAUCCGUUCGAGAACAUUCGACGGGUUUUUACGCCACCUCUGGCAAUUUGGCCACUCCCAGAUGAUGAACAAUGCGACGGGGCUAGAGGAACGGGCCUACUGCUGCCUAGCAUGGAUAGUAUCCUAGGACAGUUGUAACAAUACAGAUAAUUCUCAAUG